GGGUGGCUUGGUUACUCAACUAGUCAAAUUCUUUCCAGCGCUGGAAGUUGAGGUGCCUUUUUUGUUUCUCCAAGUCACCGACAAUCCGCCAUCGCGACACUGAACCCGGGAGCAUGAAGACAGCGCGCUUGCGCCUGUGCCUGCGCCUGUACCUGUGCCUGUGCCUGUGCUCCGCCUCCCCGCUGGCUCGCGGGGUCCCGGCUCCGAGGAUCGGUGCCCCUCUCGCUGACUCGGAGGAGGACGCGAGGAGAAGCGUGCUCGCCGUGGGCGUCACGAACCGCGGCGGCGUGUCGAAUUGGUGGCCACCCGCCGGGGACCGCGCGCUUGUGCAGCGGAUGCCGAAGAGAGCCCAGCCGGCGUCCCGCUUUGCCCUGUCUCUCGAUGUGCCCACCAGUAUCCUCAGCGUCCUCAUAGACCUGGCCAAGAACCAGGACCUGAGGACCAAAGCGGCGGCCAAUGCGCAACUGAUGGCGCGCAUCGGCAAGAGGAACGAGAAUCGAGCAUGCCGGGGCCCGGGGGAGGCAGGAAAGCGGCAGAUGGAGAACAAACAUUCAAGGCGCCACAUCGCCGACAGCGUGAGUAGCUCGGAUACAACUUGAGCCUGGGUCUUCCUUUCUCCUCGUAUCACCGGCGAAUACCUGUGCGUGCCCUUUGACAUCACUUGUAGAUGAGGAAAGAGCCGCACCGCCGUCUCGUCCAUCUCGUCUUCCUUGUGUUUUUGCAUGCCACGAAUUCAAACGAAGCCUGUGGAAUUAAACAUGAUGGUUCUGUUUGUUUUGCUCAAGUCGUAUUCAUUUCCCUCUGCGCCGGCGAGCCCUUGAACAGAAAUCGCGC